CCGGCCCCUGCGUGCCUUAUUAUUAAUUAUUGAUAUUAAUAGUAAUAAUAUUUAAUAUACAUUUUAGUUCCUCACAACUCAAUCAGCUGUUCAAGACGAAAGUGUAGGAAUUUUCUUAAGAUAGCUGCCUUUCUCUUAAUCUCCAUCAUCUCUUGAUUCAGCAAAUCUGUCAACAUUCCUCCAAAGUAUAUCCACUUGUCCAGCUUCCUUUCUUUUAGUUCUGCCGCCCAUUCCAAAUGACAGUCAUCUCUUGGACAACAGCUUGUCUUCAUAACUUACUGCCUUAUCCGUUCUCCAUAGUGCAGUCUAAGUAAUCUUUUAAAAAUGUAAAUUAUAUUCCCAUAACUUAAAACCCUCCAAGGAUUUGUAAGGCCUCAUGAGAUCUGCCCCUGUCUUUAUCUCCAACCUUAAAUUCAGCCGCUCUCCCUCUUGCUUGAAAGCCUCUGCAGUGCUGGCUGCUUUUUUUUCUUCCAACAGGUGAAAUCAGGUCCUAUAUCUUAGGGACUUUGCUGUUAUUAAUCAGUUGGCUGGUUUGCAGGCACAUAUUUGCAGUGGUGUCUCUUCAUGGUGCUGUUGAGGCAAUGUAAAGUAGCCAUUAAGAGUGUUGCAGGGGUAGGAACAUGGGAGAAAAACAAUCUGGAUAACAUGAAAGUGAUGCUGGUAGCUAAGGGAAGGCGACUUGAUUCUGUGGGAAGGGCUGUAGCUGAUCCAUCUGUCUUCUAGAUUUGAGUAUGAGCACAGUUGAAGAGGAUUCUGACACAGUAACAGUAGAAACUGUGAACUCUGUGACUUUGACUCGGGACACAGACGGGAACCUCAUUCUUCAUUGCCCUCAGAAUGAAGCUGAUGAAAUAGACUCAGAAGAUAGUACUGAACCUCCGCAUAAAAGGCUUUGUCUGUCUUCUGAGGAUGAUCAGAGUAUUGAUGAUUCUACUCCUUGCAUAUCAGUUGUUGCACUUCCACUUUCAGAAAAUGAUCAGAGCUUUGAGGUGACCAUGACCGCAACCACAGAGGUGGCAGAUGACGAGAUUGCUGAGGGAACUGUGACACAGAUCCAGAUUCUACAGAAUGAGCAACUAGAUGAAAUAUCUCCCUUGGGUAAUGAGGAAGUUUCAGCAGUUAGCCAAGCAUGGUUUACAACUAAAGAAGAUAAGGAUUCUCUGACUAACAAAGGACAUAAGUGGAAGCAGGGGAUGUGGUCCAAAGAAGAAAUUGAUAUUUUGAUGAACAAUAUUGAACGCUAUCUGAAGGCACGCGGAAUAAAAGAUGCCACAGAAAUCAUCUUUGAGAUGUCAAAAGACGAAAGAAAAGAUUUCUACAGGACUAUAGCAUGGGGUCUGAACCGGCCUUUGUUUGCAGUUUAUAGAAGAGUGCUUCGCAUGUAUGAUGACAGAAACCAUGUGGGAAAAUAUACACCUGAAGAAAUUGAAAAGCUCAAGGAGCUCCGGAUAAAGCAUGGCAAUGACUGGGCAACAAUAGGGGCGGCGCUAGGAAGAAGUGCAUCUUCCGUCAAAGAUCGGUGCCGACUGAUGAAGGAUACUUGCAACACAGGGAAAUGGACUGAAGAAGAAGAAAAGAGACUUGCAGAGGUGGUUCAUGAAUUGACCAGCACUGAGCCAGGUGACAUAGUCACACAGGGUGUGUCUUGGGCAGCUGUGGCAGAACGAGUGGGUACCCGCUCAGAAAAGCAGUGUCGUUCUAAAUGGCUCAACUACCUGAACUGGAAACAGAGUGGAGGUACUGAGUGGACCAAGGAAGAUGAAAUCAAUCUCAUCCUCAGGAUAGCAGAGCUUGAUGUAGCUGAUGAAAAUGACAUAAACUGGGAUCUAUUAGCGGAGGGAUGGAGCAGUGUCCGUUCACCACAGUGGCUUCGAAGUAAAUGGUGGACCAUCAAAAGGCAAAUUGCAAACCAUAAGGAUGUUUCGUUCCCUGUCUUAAUAAAAGGUCUUAAACAGUUACACGAGAAUCAAAAAAACAACCCAACGCUUUUGGAGAAUAAAUCAGGAUCUGGACUUCCAAACAGUAAUUCCAAUUCCAGCGUACAGCAUGUUCAGAUCAGAGUUGCCCGCUUGGAAGACAAUACAGCCAUCUCUUCAAGCCCCAUGACAGCCUUACAGAUUCCGGUCCAGAUCACCCAUGUCUCUUCAACAGACUCUCCUGCUGCUACUGUUGACUCAGAAACAAUAACACUAAACAGUGGAACACUACAGACGUUUGAGAUUCUUCCAUCUUUCCAUUUACAGCCCACUGGCACUCCAGGCACCUACCUACUUCAAACAAGCUCAAGCCAAGGCCUUCCCCUAACUCUGACUGCUAGUCCCACAGUAACCCUGACAGCUGCUGCUCCUGCUUCUCCUGAACAGAUCAUUGUUCAUGCUUUAUCCCCGGAACAUUUGUUGAACACAAGUGACAACGUCACAGUGCAGUGUCACACACCAAGAGUCAUCAUUCAAACUGUUGCCACAGAGGACAUCAGUUCUUCCAUAUCCCAAGCAGAACUGGCUGUAGAUAAUGAUAUUCACUCAUCUGAUUUUCCUGAGCCUCCAGAUGCCCUAGAAGCAGACACUUUCCCAGAUGAAAUUCAUCAGCCUAAGAUGACUGUAGAGCCAUCAUUUAAUGAUGCUCACGUAUCCAAAUUCAGUGACCAAAGUAGCACAGAACUGAUGAAUAGUGUUAUGGUCAGAACAGAGGAAGAAAUCUCUGACACCAACCUUAAACAAGAGGAGGAAUCACCCUCUCAUUUAGCCCGGGCUUACGUUACUGAGGAUUUAGAAUCUCCUACCAUAGAAGAACGAGUUGAUCAAACAACAAUUGAUGAUGAAACGAUACUUAUCGUUCCUUCACCACAUGGCUUUAUCCAGGCAUCUGAUGUGAUAGAGACUGAAUCUGUCUUGCCUUUGACAACACUAACAGAUCCCAUACUCCAACAUCAUCGAGAAGAAUCAAAUAUCAUUGGAUCAUCUUUGGACAGUCCUGUUUCAGAAGACUCAAAGGAUGUUGAGGAUAUGGUAAACUGUCAUUAGGUAAUUCUUAGAAACAGCUAGUUCAAGCAAAGAAGCCACACUGUUAAUUACAACAUCUCCACAGAAAUAGGAGCAACUCCCAAGAGGCUUAAUUUACCAAUUCCUCUGGCUUUUAAAUAGCUACAAUGCUUAAGCCACAUAACAGCAUUGCUGCUAUGACUUUUUACCUCCUUUAAAUACAUCAGCUGAGGUCUAGUCUUACGACACUGUGUAGCUGAGUGCAGUAUGGGGUCUUAACUGCAUACAGAGAUCCCUGUGAUUAGUGUUAUUUGUCAGCAGGGACUGUCAUUCACUUCAGCUACUGAGAAAAGUUUAAAAUCACCAAAGCUUAACUACUCUGUUUUAAAAGCAGUAAUAUUCAUCUCUAAAGAUCAGACAAGGCUCUCUAUCCAGUCUCAAGCAGACCUCUUUAUAUUUCAGAGAAGUCACAUCAACAUGGUCUAGAGCUUACCAGUGACCUUCAAAAAGAUUAAGUUUGAGACUUGACCAGCCUACAAGUACAGAGGCCUAGGUAGGAGGUGACUGUGUGGUGCUUGUUUUUGGUUUACCCAUUGCUGGCAGUGGGAGCGGAUUUAGGCUGGGUAAAGAGAGGAAAGCAUUAAAAGAGUUAGGAAAAUUCACUACAGGUUUUUUUAUUAUUCUUAUUACUUUUAAAGGGAAUAUGGAGAGUAGUAACAAAACUCACCAGAAGCUAAGCAGAGUUUUCACCCUCUCAGAACCCACUGUCAUCAGUUUACAAAGUCAGCACUUUGAAGUAAAAUUAAACUAAAUGGGAAGGGAAGUAAGGUUGCCUAUCCUACACCAUGACUGUUUCUUGUAUAUGUUUUGCUAUAUAAAUUAUCCAGGAAACAGUUGAAGGAGGGUAUCAGAGUUUGCCGUUCACUUAGUGUAUAUUAGCUGGUGGGGGUGCAUCACAACUUGUCCCUCUCAGGCAAUUUUAAAAAACAAAAUUUGCUUCUAUGACAAAAGGAAACAAAUCGAGUCAUUCCUCUACUAGAGAAAGUUAAGCCACGACUAGCCUAUGGGGGCUUUAAUGAAUAUGACCCCUAUAGAAAAGUCACAAAAAAAACCUUGUGUAAAUUAUUUUAUUUAUUAUUGUAAUUAGAUCUUCACAAUCAAAGUUGUCUUUUCACCAUCUGUCUUUUGUUAACGUGAAUUUAAAUUGUAGUUGUAAGCAAAAGUUGGUUGCCUAGGGAACAAUAAUUGUAUAUUCAGUUUAACAGAAAUAAAAGAAUAUUUGUCUUAAAAUACAAGAUUGUUACAUAGCCUUUCGCCAUGCAAUUACAUUAUAAAAAAUUUUAAUUUCAAAAGUGAAAAUUACUUGUGCUGUUUGAGCUUUAAGGGUUGAAUGUGUAAGUGCAACAUCAGCUCCUUAAAGAAAAAGGAAAGUGAUCUAUGAUAUGUCUCCCCUGCAAGAGGGAAUUUAGAUUUACAUUUAACAUGAAAAUCAUGUGUCAGACAUCCAGAUGCAGGAGAUUCUUCCGCAUACCUUAUCCAGCGCUUAUUCACAGUCCUAAUAAAUAGCUUUGAAGAGACCUGGUAAGUACUUCUCCUUGGGAGCCUCACUUUCCCACAUCAUGGAAGUACAGGUUUGCACAUAUACAUAACAUGAUGAUAGAAAAUAAGAUAUAGUAAAUUAGAUUUCUGAAUUUCGGUUCUAAGUCUCCUUGUCGAUACCAGUAGAUCUAAAAGAAGAAGAAUUAAAUAAAAGGUUAAGUAAUAGCCACUGGGCCAAGUAUUAAAAAUUUUAAAUACAACUAAUUUUUUCCACGGUGACCAAUUUCAUCUGUAUAUACUUUUUCCCAUAAGUGAGACAGUCUUUAUAUUAAUCUACGUUCUUAAGACUAACGCAGCCAGAAUUUAAUUCUUAUUCUUUAUAAUUUAAGUGGUACCAACUAAGUUUCUACAGCCAGGAUCAUACUUAACUCCUGCUUUCUCAGUUAACUCUGUUCUAUGUUUAAAUCAAUAGAGUCCACCAAUCAUUUGGCAAGCCAUCCAAGAGUAUAUACCUUCUAGAUGCAGUUUAAAUAUAUUUGCGUAAAAGGUACAACUCUUUUAGGUACUAGAAGGGGGAACAACUUUUAAAUUCAUAUAACUGAUUCAGACCGCCCAUACAAAAUAGAGCUUGCACAUGCAUAGAUUUGGUUUAAACUAGGUCGUCAUUAGUCACUUCUGGCUUUGGGUUGGGAGUAGGAGGAGAGCAUCUCUGGUAGCUUUAUUCCAAAGGCUCCCAAAGUGGGAUGGGCCAUUUCUUCCCUCAGGUCCCAGGAGUCUAGCAGAAUCAGUGAGUCAGGCGCUUGGAGAGGUCCUCUGGUUUAAUUUUAACUCAGAUAAGCACAUUACUAUUAUGAUUUAAGCCAUAUGUGAGUCAAAACAAUUGCUUUUAAGGGUGUACUAUUUUGAUGCUGCCUCUCAAGGGAAAUGAGACAACAAUCAGCUAAUGAUGAGUGACUGAACACUUGGCAAAUACCCAACUGAAGAUCUAAACUUUGUUUCUUUACCCUAAAGAAAGGCUUUGUAGUAAAAUUGAACAUUCUUGUGACAAGGAUACAACUGGAGCUUUAGGUUUCCCAGGAGAUUUUGGUGUUACUUACUUUCAUUUGAGGAGAUAAGCACAGAGAUUUAAAUAGACUAAUUUUAUAAUUAUCAGAAAUAAAUCCAGAGUGCUGUAUCUCUUCCCUAAGAGCAGUAAUGUCAUUUCCCAAAGCCUGUUGGGCCCUGUGUGUAGUCCUUGAAGGAAGAUGAAUUAAUUAAGUUACAUCAAAUCUUUGGCUACCUAAGUCUUUUAACUAUUUUUUUCUUCCAUUUUCUUUUUUUUUUUUUUUAAGCUCUCAAGGGAACAGUUUCCCUUUAGGGGUACAACUUUGGGAUUUAGGAGAAAAGAUGGAAACUCAGACUUUUUUUUUAAAAAACCUACAAUUAACGUUGAAAAUUCUGACAUCCUUUCGGGGGACGCAAAGUGUAAUUAGAGAUACCCUUUCGUAUAGACCUGGACUAGGAAUCUGUCCUAGGCACUGCAGCCGCCUUCAGCCCUCAGGGAUACUCAAUUGAAAUUCUGAAGGUACUCACAAGUAUGCAGGCGGUAAUACUAAUCAAAGAGAUGCAGACAGCAAAAAAUAUAUUCAACGGUUUCGGAGGUAGUUGAGGGAAAACAAAAGCACUGAUCAGUGUUACCUGUAUGAAGAGAAAUUACGUCAGGCCUUAGGAGUAAUUCCAAGACUUGGUUAGACUGGAGUCUAGGCAAUUUAAUAUUAUAAAAUGCCUCACAGUGUAAAAUGAAAUGUACCAGGUUUGCCUUCUGGAAUGUUAAUGUUAAAUAAAAUAUUGUAAAUAUG